AUAACUCCUGCCUCCCAAGCAUUUCCCAUACAGACGUGCUAAGUCACGUCUGGGUUUCCUCCGAAAAUUUAAAGCCCAGUUAGAACCAACUGUUGGGCAUCGGACACAAUAGAAGCAGGGGGAAAGAAAGCAAGCCACAAGGGGGAGAAGGAAGAAUGAAAGGUUUAAGAGCUUUAGAUGUACUGCUGAGUUGGGGAUUCUUUGUCAUUCUGAUUCUACCUACAGCAACGAAAGCAGUGGACAAAUGUGGAAGGAAUGAAUUCCAGUGCCUAGAUGGAAGGUGUAUCUCCUAUAAGUGGGUCUGCGAUGGUACUGCUGAGUGUGGGGAUGGAUCUGAUGAGGCUGUGGAGACCUGCUCAUCUGUGACCUGCAAACCUGAAGAGUUCAGCUGUGGGGGCCGCAUUAAUCGCUGCAUUCCCUUAUCCUGGAAAUGUGAUUCCCAGACCGACUGUGAGAAUGGUUCAGAUGAACGAGAUUGUCCCCUUAAGACAUGCGCCCAUGACCAUUUCCGGUGCCAUGAUGGAAAGUGCAUCUCCCAAGAUUUUGUCUGUGACACAGACCGGGACUGUGAGGAUGGGAGUGAUGAGCUGGAUUGUCCCGACCCCACCUGCAAUCCAGCAACAUUCCAGUGCAACAACACCAUGUGUAUCCCCAAGCUGUGGGCCUGUGAUGGCGACCAGGACUGUGAUGAUGGCUCUGAUGAAUGGCCUGACAACUGUGGAGGACACAACUUGGUCAAGGAGUCCAAGCCUUGCUCAUCUUUGGAGUUCCACUGUAGCAGUGGGGAGUGUAUCCACAUGAACUGGAAAUGUGAUGGGACUUACGACUGCAAGGACAAGUCUGAUGAGGAGGGUUGUGUCAAAGCCACCUGCCGCCCUGAUGAGUUUCAGUGCAAUGAUGGGGAGUGUGUCCAUGGGAGCCGACAGUGCAACAGAGAGUAUGACUGCAAGGAUAAGAGCGACGAGAUAGGCUGUGUUAACGUAACGCUGUGUGAGGGCCCAGACAAAUUUAAAUGCCACAGUGGAGAGUGUAUCAGUUUGGACAAAGUAUGUAAUGGACCCAGAGACUGCCGGGACUGGUCUGAUGAGCCCAUCAAGGAGUGUGGAACCAAUGAAUGUCUGGACAACAAAGGUGGCUGCUCACAUAUAUGCAAUGACCUCAAGAUAGGGUAUGAAUGCCUGUGCCCUGAAGGUUUCCGGCUUGUUGACCAGAAAAGAUGUGAAGAUAUUGAUGAGUGCCAGAACCCAGACACCUGCAGCCAAUUCUGCGUGAAUCUCCAGGGAAGUUACAAGUGUGAGUGUGAUGAAGGCUACCAAACAGACCCGAUCACUAAGACAUGCAAGGCCAUUGGCACCAUUGCCUACCUCUUUUUCACCAACCGCCAUGAAGUGAGGAAGAUGACUUUGGACCGAAGUGAAUACAUCAGCCUCAUUCCAAAUCUGAAGAAUGUAGUAGCCUUGGACAUGGAGGUCGCCAGCAAUAAGAUCUACUGGUCUGAUCUGUCACAGAAGAAGAUCUAUAGCUCUGAAAUUGACAAUGCCCACAGUUUUUCCACUCAUGACACUGUGAUCAGUGGGGAUAUCCAGGCUCCAGAUGGCAUCGCAGUUGACUGGAUCCAUGGGAAUCUCUACUGGACAGAUUCUGUCCUUGGUACCAUUUCUGUGGCCAAUACUAAGGGCUCCAAGAGGAAGACACUUUUCAAGCAGGAAGGUGCUAAACCCCGGGCCAUUGUGGUAGACCCAGUUCAUGGCUUCAUGUAUUGGACAGACUGGGGAACCCCUGCCAAGAUUGGAAAAGGUGGUCUUAAUGGAGUUGACAGCUUCCCCCUGGUGACGGAAAACAUACAGUGGCCCAAUGGAAUCACUCUUGAUAUUUCUAAUGAUCGUCUCUACUGGGUUGACUCCAAACUCCACUCUAUCUCCAGUGUGGAUGUCAAUGGUGGAAACAGAAGGACUGUGUUAAAGGAUAAAAACAAACUAGCACACCCAUUCUCCUUGGCAGUCUUCGAGGAUAAGGUCUUCUGGACAGACAUUAUAAAUGAAGCCAUUUUUAGUGCAAAUCGCCUCACGGGAUCCGAUAUCAUUUUGGUGGCAGAAGAUCUGUUGUCUCCUGAGGACAUUGUUCUCUAUCACAACCUCACCCAGCCUGCAGGGGUGAACUGGUGUGAGAAGACUUCUCUCCCCAAUGGUGGCUGCCAGUAUCUGUGCCUUCCAGCUCCACAAAUUAACUCUCACUCCCCCAAAUACACCUGUGCCUGUCCUGAUGGCAUGUACCUGGCUGCAGAUAUGCGACGGUGUACCAAAGAAGCGAUUAUACCUGUUACUUCUACCACAACCAGCACAACAAAGGCGCCUCUUUCUAAAACGACCACUCUUACCCGAUUAGUAACAGCUGUAACAACUCGGAAGCAGACCCCCAAACAUGGCACUCCUGACCUCACCACGGCAGAAAUGGUCACAAUGUCCCAAAAAGCAGUUCAUAAUCCAUUGGGUAUGAAAGAUGGUCAAGAGCAUCGAGGAGGAUCCAAAGCACUGUCCAUUGUUUUGCCAAUAGCUGUCAUCACUUUGCUUUGUUUCGGAGCGUACCUGGUAUGGAAGAACUGGCGACUCAAGAACAUUAAUAGUAUAAACUUUGAUAAUCCCGUCUAUCAAAAGACAACAGAGGAUGAAGUUCACAUCUGUAGGAGUCAAGAUGGCUACACAUACCCCUCGAGACAGAUAGUGAGCCUGGAAGAUGAUAUUGCAUGAACGGUUGUCACAAGAAGUGCCUCUUACCAAAAGUCGCUGCUUAUUUAUGGGAGGAAAAUGCCUUUUCUUUCCCAGUUCCUUAUCAACUGCUCACCUCCCAGGGCAGCCACUGCUGCUACUUCCCAAGGGACCUAACUGAUAUCCACCUAUAUAAAGAAAGAAGAGAAAGGAAAAUAAGAGACAAAAGAAAAACCACUACCCCCACUCACCCCCAGAGGAAUGGGCUUUGUUGGUGGUGUCUGGGCUAAGCUGACUGUCUGCUUGGAGUUUUGUUUUAUAUAUUUAUUCAUCUUGGAGGCAAGGCAGUCAAGCUUUUAAUGGAGUCCCUUGGAUGAUGGGUUUUGUUGGUAAUUUCCCUUACGUGUGAAGGAGAAGAGAAACAGGAAACAAGAUGGAGAUGAUUCUCUGGAUGUAAGGCUGCAAUAUUUCUCUGGUGAGAUUCAGAUGCUUCUUCUACCGCAGUCUUUUGGAUAAGGGAAUAAAGAUGAGGAAUGCGGUUACAUGAAGACUUGGGGACUGCACAAAAAAGCACAGUGGCUUCCAGAUGGAAACAGGUGCUACUCCUGGUCAGGUGCUGCACCCCACCCCUUCCCCACUCCCUUUAUCUCAGGAGUGAAAGUGUUUACUUCUGCCUUGGAGUUCUUGGUAGACAACCUGUCCUCCCAUAAUCCCAAACUUGGCCUCUUCCAAGCACAUCUGUGCUCUUCUUUUAAGCCAUUAAGUUGCCUAGAGAUGACUAGUAAGAAAAUGUGGGGUUAGCUUGAGCUAAAACUAGCCUAACUCCAGUCACUUAAUCACUCAUUUACAGUAACCCCUGCCAUCAUUCAUCCUAUAAUAUGCCACAAUAUGCCAGACACUAUCCAAUGAACUCCCGCAAAUAGUCUGCCAUUAUAUGACAUUUUUUGUUUCUCCCCUCUCCACCCAACACCUCCCUCCUUCUUACUCAUCCCUCUUCCUUUUUGUGGGUGAAUUUUGUAUCUCUUUUUUCUUGCACUUUUCAGUUCAGGGUUGUAUAUUUUUAUAUUUUUAUUAUGAUUUUGCACUGUUUUCUUUUGUAUAUAUUAUUUUGACUAAUAAUGAGGGCUUGGCCAGGAUGACCAGUUGCAAAAUGCCAAGAAAAAAAUUUCAUUGUAUUUGUGAAUUUGCUAUGUUUUCUAUACUGUUCAAGCGAGUGAGAAGGGAUGUGUGUGUGUAUGUAUGCAUGUAUGUAUGUAUGCAUGUAUGUAUGUAUGUAUGCAUGUAUGUGUGUUCUCCUGAGUCUGUCCAAAUGGAAAAAUCGAUCAGGAAACUUAAGCCAGGACUUCCUUGUUUAAAAGACAGUUUAUAAUUGCCAUCCAUUAUCUUUCUAGCUCACAUCUAAUGGACUAUUUGAAAAGUCUGCUCCCCUUGUGUUUCUUCUGUAUCCUUCUAGAAUACACAACUGAACACUUUAUUUCACUUAAGGAGAUGUGUUGUCUCAAUACAUCUCACAUCAGAAUAUUUGCAUAGGACUAGUGAUCCUUAUGCUGGGUUAAGCUCUAUAUUUUCUGUUAGAAGCCUUUUGGAAGGAACGACAGCAGCCAGCCAUUGAACUGUCUGCCUUGCACUUCACGGGCCCUGAAUAAAUGUUUGUUGUUGAACUGAACACUGGAGAGAGCCAGACAAACUCCUAUCGUUUCUGAUUGGUGAAUGUUUGUUCUCCCCAUUCUCUCACCCAUCCUUUUCUGAGUCUAAAGGAAAUGGGAGGGAACAGGACAUAAAGACUAGACAUGAGAAAGAUGUAAAGCACUACAACCCUCUAUUGCCAGAAGCUGUGAAAGACAUUCUAAAGCCUGUAAAAUCAUGUACAGUCAGUAGGUUAUUUGUGUGGGUUGUUUUUUUUUUUUUUGCACACAAUAUGUCUUUUUGUGUAUUUGUAUAUUUGGGUGAGACCACUAUCACUCAUUUUUUAAAAAGAACUCACUUAAUUUAUUUUUUUAACUUCCUGGGGCACCUUGUAUGUCUGGGGUGAUUUUUUUUUUCCUAGAUCUUUCUCCUCAUCUUAUAUCUAAAGAUGACAUUUGCACCACUGUGGCUGAUGCUUCCUGGGGCAAUGACAUUUGCACACACACAUGGAACACUGAUCACCUUUGGAAUGGGUGGGUGUCAGACUUUUUGAACAACUGUAUGUACAAAAUGUUUUUGUAGCCUGAUUGUCUUAUUGUGAUCAAUUAAAUUUCUUAAGUGCAAAGUUUUAA